CCCGUUACUCCGCCGCGAUACAGUUGGCUUUGAAAUAGUUGAACGCCAAGUUCAGACAAUCAACUCUGGCUGGUUAUCAACGGUUUUUUUGCCCUCCCAAUCACGAGAGUUUUUCGAAUUGAUAACGCGAGUGUGGUUUGUGAUGAAAGUUGCUGGAACUUGGAUACCGAUCGAGAGCUUGGCGGCUGCCAUCCACAGAGAGCGACUCUAAUCGGAAAAAUCGUCCAGGAAAAGUUGGGAAACCGCGCGACGCGAUAUGACAAUUAGCGCCAAGUGACUAGCAGUGAAUUUAUUCGCCGCCAAAGUGUCCCAAGAGCUCAACAAGAUGGUUCUGGAGUCGGGGGUUUUGCCUCCGCCUCUUCAGCUCUAUGCGGCAGCAGCUGCCCAUCUGGCACCACGGCCUCCAUGGGCGCCUCUUCUACAGUUUCCCGGUGCCGCUCAGCUCUUGGGCCAAUUUCCCGGCGCUUUUUCGCCCUUGAAUCGCCCCAGAUACCCGCAUGGUUUAGGGCCGGGCAUGCGAGCCCCUCCUGGACCUCCGUCGGAGGAUUCGGGCAGCGAAUUAAAUGGUAAAGGUGCAGGCAGCAGUGGCGAAGCUGACUCGGAAUCUGCAGCUUCGAAACGCCGAAGAAGCAGAACGAACUUCAACAGCUGGCAGCUGGAGGAGUUGGAGCGAGCCUUUCUGGCUAGCCAUUACCCGGAUGUGUUCAUGAGAGAAGCAUUAGCAAUGCGGCUGGACCUUAAAGAGAGUCGAGUUGCGGUGUGGUUUCAAAAUCGACGGGCCAAAUGGAGGAAAAAGGAGCACACGAAAAAGGGUCCAGGCCGGCCGGCCCACAACGCCCACCCCCAAUCCUGCUCGGGCGAACCGAUCCCACCUGCGGAGCUUCGAGCGAGAGAAAGGGCGAGACGUCGGAAAAAGCUCCAGAAAGCGCUGGAAAGGCAAGCGAGAAAACUGCGAGCUAAAGGCAUCACUGUGGAUCUAGUCGCCCUGAAACGCGAAUAUCUCGCCCAGCGUGGUACUGACGCAAUGGACAGUGACAGUGACAUUGACGUGGUGGGCGAUUCGGGCGCCGAAUCGGAAAACUUCGGUGACAAUUCGAUGUUUGCAACGUCAGUGACUGACACCAGUGAUAACGGUAUGGAUCUGUCGUCGAGCACGCACGAACACGACGAAAAGAGCCGACAGCGACCGAACCCCUUCAGUAUAGAUUCCCUAUUGAAUAACAACACCUGAAGGAUGGCGAGCAGUGUACAUAGUCAUGGUUGUGAUGGGCAUUGUUGUGUUUGAAGAGUUUAAAUGUUCUAUUUAUUUUUCGCCGGAAAAGUGUCGUGGUAGCACUGAUGACAUGUAGUUCAAUGGGAGGAAGCAGUGCCAGAAAUGUCGCAUAUCAGUGUUGCCAAUCCCGGAUAACCCCUAACAAUAACCGUGCAAUAAAAAUGUCCUUUUGUGUGAUAAAUGUUUUGAAGCGGAUUUUCUUUUCCAUGGCUUAUUCCUCCGAGGAAUGGGCCAUCUAUUCCAAAAAAAUUGCACAAAUGUAUAUUAGACUUAUUUUGUGAUACUUUCUCCUGUGUAACAUAUAACAGUAUAUGUCGUAGUAUGUACAGAGGUAUCUAGAAACAUAUCUUUAGUUGUUAGUCUGAUUAUUUAUUCAAAUGUACAUAGAUUAUGAUAAAACCCUGUGUAAAGAGCCGCCCAAUUCCAUAAGGCGUUUGCUACCAAUGCCAGAACUGUUUCUSUAUUUAUAAUGUACAACUACCCAUUUUUUYCUGUAGAUUUUUAGUGGUAAGCGUCGCAAUGUACAGAUACUUUCUUGAGGUCGACAUAUUUUCCUUGGGUUCUUCCGAUCACGCAAUGAAAAUCUMAAAAUGUUCCAUUCAAAGAAAAAAAUUGUAUAAAUGUAAUUUGCACUGAAACAUCGAAACAUGGUAAUACCUGAUUAAUUUUCUAAGAGCAUGGAGUUAGAUGCUGAGAAUAUCAACGUAAAAUAGUUCAAAUAAAUUCACUAUUUAUUCCAUUAAA